UCUGGACCUUGACCUCAUAGACCUCCUUCUGUGCUAUAAGGUCAGUAAGAUCCGUACUAACGAGCCCUUCUACCACCUCUACCCGUUCGAGAAGAUGUCCAUAUGCACUGACACAAUAAAAUCUGAAAAGGGUUGGAGGGAUAGCAUAGUGGGUAUUAGUGGGGCUUGGUCUUCGCCGGCUGCAGAGGAUUACCCUAUCCCGAGCGCCUUUGGUGUCUGCUCUGUCUCCUCCUAUAAAAAAUUCAAAUCCCAUAAACACGACUGCCCCUGUGAAACAUGCGUUCCUCGUUUUUGCACUUACUUAUGCCGCUCCUUGGGAAUACCUUGUGAUGACUUGAGCUACAGUGUUUGCAGGGAUAGGAUUAACUACUUGAAGAGAUACGUUCUGAACGAUAUUCCUUCCUGCUCAGAUCUCCUCACUUCAGACAACCUCUUUGCGCUCUCAUCACUCGGCUACAAUAUGAGCAGACUGCAGAUUCCCUCUUUUGGCAGGAGGAAAAAUACUCCCCCAGUCAUUCCUGCUGCUGGGGCGACCUCCUCUCCAGCGUCGGCUUCUUCUUCAGCCACCAUAUCUGACACUGUCCCGAGCGCAGUGGCUACUAACCCUGCUGCCAGCGCCCCUGCGGCCAACCAGAACGCGCCCUCCCCAGCUACCAUAGCUCCUGCUGCUGCGGGGGGCGGUCGGGACAAAGAGCGAGGCAAAAGGCCUCAUCCUGACAGUGAAAUCGACCCUGAGGAGGAGCCUCUUAUUAGAAGGACCCGAGUCUCUGGGCCGGGUACUCUCUUGCACCGAGCGAUCAGAGCUCCUUCUCACUCUGGGCCUCCUGCAGCUGGUGGCUCUGCUUCUGCUUCAGGCCCCCCUUCUAUCCCCAGCUUGCCGCCAUGGGCCCCUCGGUACACUCGAACGGAUGGGACGUUCGUGAAACCGAACGAGACCAUGCUGAAGGAUGGCCAGACCGCUAUGGCCUACUACAGGAGCAUGUGGACUCCGAAGGACAUUGAGGCGGCAAAGGGCCUUUCCCAGAAGGACGUGUUCAGUCGCUUUCCCCAAUCUGCUAUGGAGACAUUGUUUGGGAUGAUGGCCAUGCAGAAGCAGGUGGAAAUGGGGAACGCCAGGGCCCGAAAGUAUUCUGACAGCCUGGAGGUGGCUAAUAAAGAGAACGACCUCCUUGCCAUGAAAAAUACCGAGGUGCUGGUUCGGCUUGACAAAGCCGAGCAAGAGAGAGAUGUCCUGAAAAAGGAGAAUGAUUCCCUUCAGGAUGAGAAGGACGCCCUCCAGCUCGAGAAGAGCGUCUGGCAGACUGAGCAGGAAUCACUCAGAGAAGAGAAGGCAGAACUCCAACGUCUUCUAGCUGAUGAACAGUCUGCUCGGAUGGCUUUUGAAAAAAGAGCUCUGGACGAGCGUACCGCUCUGAUCGACGUUAUCAGCAGAGUGGGUGGUGGGAUGCUGGCCCUUCAUGCUCGGUUCUCCAGGGUCGGUGCUCUUCGGUAUGCUCAAGGAUUCCGGGAAGGCUUCGCCGACCGGGUUCCGGAUGAGGGACAGACCAGCUCCACUCCGGAUGAGGUAGACAAGGAUCUGGGGAUCGAGCCUCUGGGGGUCUAUGUCGACCCAGAACCCACCGAAGCGGAGCGUAUAUUUGAUGAGUGCCAGGACAUCGCAUCCUCAAGGAUCAUCACAGCUCCUCCUACCGCUCUGCCACUGACCGCUCCCCAAUCGUCAACCGUGGCUCCCUCUGUAGCCACUGCUGACGCUGAACCCCAGCCGAACGACUCAGUUAUUCACCUGGAUUCCCCACCUCAUGAAGGUGAGGCGGCUGAUGGGGCCGAGGAGGCGAGUCGGCAGGACCAGGAUGCUGUUGGUACUGAGGCGUCUAGCUAGGGCUCCUUCGAAUUCUUCCAGUUCAUAUCUUCUUGUAAUGAUGGACACCUCUCUUUUGUAAACUAAAUGUUCAAUAUUAAUGAAAUGGCCGAACUCUUUUUCUCUAUGUGUUGUGCUCUGUUCAACUUAUCUUCAGUACAUAUAUAUCUUUUCUCUCUUUUUCUUUUUAUAUUAGUUUUGCUGUGUGUUUGUACGGCAAGUGCCUGGCGCUCGGCUAGAAUGCCACUUGCCACUUGGCUUUAAAUUUUUAGCAAGUGUCUGGCGUUCGGCUUAUAGUGCCAGCUGCCACUUAUCUUGC